UCUUGGGUUUUCUUGGUUCCCAAACAAUGGAGCUCUCUCCACGGUCCCGGAGGAUCAUCCAAGAAUCCACCGGCAGCUCAUUAUCGGAGCUGCAGCCCUUCAUCAACCUGGACGACCGCAGAAGCCUCCAAGUCCAAGAUGAGAUCUCUACUCUCAAGCAGCAGCAGCUUAACGAUUGCGAGAAGGAACAGAUCUGCCUCCGAGAUGCAAUCCGGGUCCUCCUGGAGUUAGUGGACAACUCUGGCAUGCGCUUGCAACAACUCGAGGAUGGCACGAGCAUGAACGCCACGCAGCUGAGAACGUGCCUCCAGGAAAAGGAGAACAAGGAAAGGGAAAGUGCCGAAAUAGAGGAUGCAGCGAGAGCUAUCAAGAAACAUCUUGAGCCUUUUGAGACGGUACAAAGACUUCAAACGGAACAGCUGGCAAGAUUGUCUGAUCAGCUUGAAUCCUUACAAAGAGAGAACUCAAGCAUAACCAUCGAGCUUCAAAGAGCGGAUCUGGAGGCCGAGGCACUAAGCAAAGAGAUAACGGACCUGCAGAUGCAGCUACCUGAAGAAAGUGACUGCCUCCUACCUAUUGAAAAGAUAAACAUAUCUCCAGCAUCUGAGAGCAAGCAUUCCACAAGUGCUUCUGCUGAAGGGAUGUGAACUCAAGCCUAAGUGAAAGGAAUCCAACCGAGAGGGCACUAUAUAGCGGUGCAGUAGAGAGCCACUUAUACCUCCGUAACAGUACCAUGGUUUUAUACUGAGAAGUGCGACUUGUUCUUUGAGCAGUGUCUUCUAUGCCAUGUGGAGCUCUUCGACAGAUAUUUGAAGAGUGCUAGUGCUUCUUGUAGUGUUUUCUAGAUUCAGCUUCAUUUCUACUUCUUAAGUCUCCGUUUGGAGUAUUUGUUCUUUUACAUUCUUGCAUCCACAGUGAUAAAU